AUGCGAGAGGUGCAGGAUCAGAUCGUGCGCUCAGUGCGGCCGUCCGAGGCAACAUUCGGAAAUGUUUUCUUGCCUCUCGCCCAGCUGGAGAACACGAUAUCAACUCAGGCCACCAUUCUGACCUUCUACCGGGACACCUUGCUGAAUGCCUUCCAUGUCGACGUAGACUUGGCAAAGCGUGAGCAGCUGUUUAGCUGGUUGGCUGUUAUUGCCCGGACCGGGGCCGGGACCGACGAGCACCAGGACGAGUAUAAGGUUUUGGACUCUGAGUUUCGGCGGUUCAUGGAGCACUUGCACAAAGGUUAUAUUCGACGAGGCAUCCGACUGGCCCGGGGCCUCCUUAGCCCUCUCGGAGAUCGGUUCGCAGUUAUCCAGAACCGGCUGAGCCAGCUGCGAGACCAAUUCUUGAAGAACUUGAAACAGACCGAUAUCUGCGAGUGGGUUCGCGAGGAUGAGCUUGACGGAGUGUCUGAUGACCUGAUUAGCCAGUUUGAGCACGACCAUGAGCCCGACCAAGUCCAUAGUGAGGGUGAGGGUGAGGGUUUUGACGAGAGCAUGGGGAAAGGGAAAGUCAAAAUCCGCCUUGCAGAUCCGGCAAGCUCGUCAGUGCUGGCGUUUGCUCGCAAUAGAGAGGUGCGUCGACGAUUGGAUCUGGCCAGCCAGAACAAAUGCAAUGAAAAUGCGCCGUUGCUGAAGGAAACAGUCGAGCUGCGUUUUGAAGCUGCCCGUCUUCUCGGAUACCCCAGCCAUGCUGCCUUGCGGCUGGAGGACAGAAUGGCCAAAACUCCCGAAGCCGUCACUCACUUUCACGACGACCUUGAAACCCGUCUCUUGAAUGGGGUUGGUGAGUUUGUCGAGAAGCUCAGGAGGACAAAGGAGCUGGGCCUUCAAGAACAUGGGCAGCAGGAAAGGUUCGACGGCCGUUUCUUCCUCUGGGACUAUGACCUCUACAAGCGGUCGUUGCUGCAGAUCGAGUACGCGGUGGACGCACCCAAGAUUGCCGAGUAUUUCCCUCUGCAGACGACAAUUCAGGGGAUGUCGGACAUGCUUGAGAAGAUCUUCGGCCUAGCAUUUGCCCCGCUGCCAGUGGUUGAGAAGGACAAGACGGCGCAGAAGGUAAGGCAGGAAGACGUCCGUGGGGAUAAAAAGAUGGAAAUUGAAAAUGUAGGGCAUCAAGACGUCGAAUUGCUGAUUGUGUGGAACGAUGAAGUGCAGGGCGGCGAGUUUGUCGGCCAUCUCUAUCUCGACUUGUACCAGCGGGAGGACAAGCACAACCUGCAGGCGAGCUUCCUCGCUGCCGACUGCACCCAUCACUAUCCAUUCACAGCAGUGCUCAACUGCUUCCCCAAAUCUAGCCUCGACGAGCCCAGCCUGCCCAGACACUUCGACGUGGUCAUCCUGUUCCACGAGCUCGGCCACGCCAUUCACGAUCUGGUGUCACGCACCCGUUACGCACGGUUCCACGGCACCAAAGGCACGGUCGACUUCGGCGAGACUCCCAGGAAGUUCCUCGAAAACUGGUGCUGGACAGCGUCGCACCUGCGGGACUUGAGUUGUGACUACUCCACUCAUACAAGCAAAGCCCAGCAAAGCACUGCAGAGAAAGCUCAAAAGCAGGCAAGAAAGACAGAUGCAGCUGCACUUGGCUAUGUUCGACAUGAAGAUCCACCAGGCUUCCAGUACCGAAGAAGUGCGAGCCAUGGAUUUCGCGGUCGAGUAGAGUACGACCUUCUGCGUCGGCGACUGAGGCUGUUCGACGGUCCCGAGGCGCUGGGCGGAGACAUGGACACGCACGAGUGGGGACACUGGUAUGCCACAUUUGGGCAUCUGAUGGGCGACUAUGAGGCAGGAUACUACUCCUACUGUACUGCUAAAUGCACCGGUCCUGACGCCAUCGAGUCCUCCCAGAGCCGGCGAUAUCGGAAGUUGGUGCUCGAGCCGGGCGCGAGCCAGGACGAAAUGGCCACGUUGGUCGGGUUUCUGGGCCGGGAGGUCUCACCUGAAGUAUCUUACCGUAGGUUGGGGAUUGCGUGGAUCCGCUACACGUCUGAGAUGGCGUCCCCUACUUAG